AUGGGAAACAGCAUGACGAUAAAGAGAAAGAGAGCCAAAGUGAUGAAAAUCGACGGCGAGGUUUUCCGUAUUAAAACUCCGACGACGGCGAGAGAAGUUACGGCGGAGUAUCCUGGUUACGUGCUGUUAGACUCGGAAGCCGUUAAACACUUCGGAGUACGUUCAAAACCGCUCGAGCCGAGCCAACUCUUGAAACCCAAGAAAACGUAUUUUCUCGUCGAGCUUCCGAAGCUUCCGCCGGAGACUACGUCGGAGACUGAUAACAAGCUUCCGUACCGGAGAGUGAUGUCGGGGAUCCACGUCGGCGCGAAGGAGCGGUUAGAGAUGCUCAUGCUUUCUCGGAGAACGGUUUCCGACGUGGCGAUCGGUAGAUCAGACGGCGGUGAUGGGCCUGGGCUUGGGCUUGGGCCUGGUCAAACGAGCGUGAGGGUUAGGCUGCCUCGGUCUCAAAUUACGAAGUUUAUGGAGGAGAGCCACGAUGAUGCUGAGAUAGCUGAUAAGAUUUUAAGUCUCUAUAGGGAGAGAUCCGGCGAGAUUGGCGGCGGUGAAAGUCUCCGGAAACUUGGUGCCGGGGAGAUUAAGGCACGUGAGAAGCAGGUGAGUUUCGCCGGAGAUAGUGGACGGGAGCUUCCUGUUCGAUGGAGCAGAAUGGGAAAUUAAUCAUCAUUACUUGGAUAAAAACAUUUCCUACUCUUUAUUUUCUAAUAUAUUUAUUGUGGUAGGUUUCAUAUCUUAUGUGUGCUAGUGUAUAUAUAUCGUUUUAUACAGCAAGUUGAGAUCAUUUAGAACUUUUUUGCUCGUGUGUGUCAACAAAACGUUAAUUUUCUUUUUAUAAAGGAGUAGAUCAUAGUCUGAAAGGUCCAAAAAUCAGAUUAUCUCCGGUUCAUGUUAAACACACACAAAUAUUUUGUCAGUUAAAAUGUUUACUGUCGCGUGUACAAUUAUAAAAGCUUUAAUUAUGUUUAUGUAAUUUUUAUACAGAUGAUGGACGUCAGUAAUUACAUUUUAUCCACAUGGCGAAAGAAAUCAGUAGACCACAUAAUUUUGUUUUUCGUUAGUUAGUCCUAAAUCAUUUUUUUGAGAAAUAUGAACAUUAUGGGCCACCUUCAAUGCAAGGUUAUCAAAAAGCAUUUCUGUACAAAAUGAAAAAAUAAAAUGUUAUAAUUUAUAAUCCCUG